AUGGGUUCUAUCGUUUUAACAACGCUUUCAAUAUUUUUAGGACUUUUUUUUAUUCUCGUAGGUUCUAUGAAGAUUUCUCCUAAAAUAAACAAAGAAAUGCAUAGGGAAAUAAGAAGGAACUUUGUACAGUAUGCCAAGGUGUUCCCAUUGACGAAGACCCUAGGCAUCAAGAUGCCCUCCAAAUAUUUCCGAGUCGUGGUAGGGUGGAUGGAGGUUCUCUGUGGUGCUGUUCUCAUAUUCAUACCAGGUGUCGUCAAGCAGAUAGCUAACGUGGUUCUCUUGGUCUUGAUGCUGGGUGCUUUUUAUACUCACACCAUUCUGGAAGACAAGUUUGAGCGCACUGCACCUUCUAUCGUCUUUGCCCUGAUGUUGGGUUGUCGCCUCAUCGUCUACCUUCAGGUGCGGAAGAAGGAACGGAAGAACGCCGCUUGUCAGAGAGAGUCUUUCAGGACUGACGCCAUCGCCGGCAAGGACACCAAGCAGGACUGA